AUGAAAGCUGAUUCAUCAUCUUACAUUGAUUUACUAUCACCUUGUCCUAUUUAUCCUAAUCCAAUGUUAGCAUUCAAUGCAUCGUCGAAUUUAUCAAAUUCUUCAUCAGAUAAUAUUAUUUAUAAAGAUUUUGACUUGAUUCAUUAUAAUGGAUUGAUGAAUAAUAACAGUAAUAAUAAUAAAACAACUCAUUAUUAUUUACCAACAACAACACCAAAAAAUAUUUUGUCCACUUUCAUUUCGACAUCAUCUUCAUCGUCAUCAGUAGUGACAUCAUCAUCAUCAGUAGUGACAUCCUCACCAAUGACAAUGACAUUAUCAUCACCAUCUUCAUCAUCAUCCUCGUCGACAACACCGACAACAACACCAAUAACAACAAAUACACUAACAAUCUCCGCCUCAUCAUCAUCAAAUGAUGAUACCACCUCUUCCGCCUGCUCCUCCUCUUCUUCAUCAUCAUUGAUGAUUACAAAAAUUUUCUAUUUAUUAAAAACGAUUUAUCAAUCAAUAAAUUUAUCAAUUGAAGAAAAGUUAAAUAUUUUUAUGAAUAUAGCACAAUAUAUUAUGAAAUUUUAUGAAUAUUUAAUGUUGAAUUCAAGUAUGCAUGAUAAUUCAUUGUCGUCA